GAUUAGUUGAACUGUCAAAGAGGUAGCUGUCAUCCACGACGAAAUAAAGCUAAAUAAUAAUCUAACCUUGAAUUUUGUAAUCGUUCUCAAGUCGUUUCAUGUGAACAUUUUAUAAAUACUAAGUCGCAAUGAGUGAAGAGGAUGAUACGACGGUGCAUCGUUUGGAAGCAUCAGCACCAACAACCGGUGGUUUAGUGUUAAAAAAGAAAGAUACCGAUUCAACUUUCAAAGUUCCGAAGCCAUCACUGCUUGGUUUGGAUCGUUUGGCGGCACAAAAACGAAAAGAACGUGAAGAUCAAAAGCGUUUAAUUUCAUUCAAAGACAGUGAAUACGAUGAUGAUGUGUCAGCUACACCGGAUCACAAUGCCGUGAAAACACCCGAUCAUGAGAGUGUACAUAAGUUAAACCGACAGUAUCGUGAAUUGAAAGAUGAGACGCCGUCGCAUGGUGGCGGUGUGUCCGAUAAAGCUCGUAAUCGAUUGGCUGAACACAUUGAAAAAGAUCGAAGAGGUGUUUAUGUGUCGACGAAAGAUGAAAAAAGGAGCCGACAUAAGGAUGACGAACACGAACGGAAUUAUGACAGAAGAGACAGACACAGAGAUAGAGAUAGAGACAGGGAUUCAGAUCGACGCAGGGAAAAGGAUCGAGACUAUGACAGAAGACGCGAUAGAAGCGAGCGAGGCACAAGAGAUUCAGGGUUCUCCACUCGUGAUCGACGAACAUCAUCGGAUUCAGAAAGGAGUUUACACACACCUCGCUUCAGAGAUGAACCAAAAACACCUAAAACACCAUACACAGCAGGAACAUCGUCUGCAUCAUGGGACGACGAGGACGAGAGGUCAACAUCAAAACGCUCCGCUUGGGAUUUCCCCACACCAAAAGAUGGCGACAAACGAUCGGAGUGGUCAACACGUAGUAAUAUUAGCAACAUGUCACGGUUAAAAAGGGGCAAAAUCGAAGAUGACACACCAAGACCGACGCCAGCACACAAGUUCAACGCUUGGGCGAAUGAUAGAAAGAGAUCUGGAGCUACGCCAUAUACAAGCCAACGUGAGAAACAACCGUGGGCCGAUGGCGAAGAACGUGACAUUUGGGAAGAAGAGCAGCGUCGUUUGGAUCGUGAAUGGUACAAUAUGGAUGAAGGUUUUGACGAUGACACAAAUCCAUUUGGGAAUACAAAUGCCGAUUACUUCCGUCGACGUGAGGAACAGCUCGAGCAAAAGACGAAGAAGCGUAUUUCGGCUCAGCAGCGUCAAAACAACAAAGAUAAUGAGCUGUGGGAGCGAAAUCGUAUGUUGACUUCAGGUGUUGUACAAUCAAUCAGUGUGAACGAUGACUUUGACGAGGAGGCAACUGAGCGAGUGCAUUUGUUGGUGCAUCAUAUCGUGCCACCAUUUUUAGACGGCAGAAUUGUCUUCACCAAGCAACCAGAGCCAGUAAUUCCAGUUCGAGAUCCAACAUCCGAUAUGGCAUUGCUUGCGCGCAAAGGAUCGCCAUUGGUUCGUGUGUAUCGUGAGCAAAAAGAGCGUCGUAAAGCCCAAAAGAAGCAUUGGGAACUGGGUGGAACGAAGCUCGGUAAUAUUAUGGGCGUUGAAAAGCAAAAAGAUGAAGAAGAUGAUAAAUUCGAUGCCGCAAAUGAUCAGGCCGAUUACCGUGAGGGUCAGAAAUUUGCACAGCAUUUGGGCGAAGGAGUUAAAAAGAGUGACUACGCCAAACGUAAGAAGAUUUUGGAACAGCGCCGCUUUUUGCCUGCAUUUGCCGUUCGUCAAGAGCUGUUGAAUGUGAUUCGAGAGAAUUCGGUGGUGAUUAUCAUCGGAGAAACUGGUUCAGGAAAGACCACUCAAUUAACACAAUAUUUGCACGAGGAUGGCUACAGUAAAUUCGGUAUGAUUGGAUGCACUCAACCGCGUCGUGUUGCCGCUAUGUCCGUUGCUAAACGUGUAUCAGACGAACUCAGCACCAAACUAGGUGAAGAGGUUGGAUAUGCCAUUCGUUUUGAAGAUUGUACAUCGGAUAAAACUGUGAUCAAAUACAUGACGGACGGUAUUUUGUUGCGUGAGAGUCUUCGCGAACCAGAUCUUGACAACUAUUCCGUUGUCAUAAUGGAUGAAGCUCACGAACGCUCACUAUCCACCGACGUUUUAUUUGGACUGCUACGUGAGAUUGUUGCCAGACGUCGGGACUUGAAGUUGAUUGUUACAUCAGCUACGAUGGAUGCCACCAAAUUUGCGUCAUUUUUCGGCAAUGUGCCAACAUUCACCAUACCCGGUCGUACGUAUCCGGUCGAUUUGAUGUUUAGCAAAAAUGCCGUUGAGGAUUAUGUCGAGGCGGCGGUUAAGCAGGCGCUACAAAUUCAUCUGCAACCAACGCCUGGUGACAUGCUCAUUUUUAUGCCCGGUCAAGAAGACAUUGAAGUCACGUGCGAGGUGCUUACCGAACGAUUAGGCGAAAUCGAUGCAGCCCCACAACUGUCCAUUCUGCCCAUUUAUUCACAAUUACCGUCCGAUUUGCAAGCGAAAAUCUUUCAAAAGUCCGAAGACGACGUACGAAAAUGCGUCGUUGCCACAAAUAUUGCUGAAACCUCGCUCACCGUCGACGGUAUUAUAUAUGUCAUCGAUUCGGGCUAUUGCAAGUUGAAAGUAUAUAAUCCACGUAUCGGUAUGGAUGCACUGCAAAUUUAUCCAAUUUCACAGGCCAAUGCCAAUCAACGGUCGGGCCGUGCGGGCAGAACGGGACCAGGUCAAGCUUUUCGAUUGUACACUGAGCGACAGUAUAAAGAUGAAUUGUUGGCAUUGACUGUUCCAGAAAUUCAACGAACCAAUUUGGCAAACACAGUACUGCUGUUGAAAUCACUUGGCGUUGUUGAUUUGCUACAGUUUCACUUCAUGGAUCCACCACCACAAGACAAUAUCCUGAAUUCACUGUAUCAACUGUGGAUUUUGGGCGCGUUGGAUCACACGGGAGGAUUGACUCCAUUGGGCAGACAAAUGGCUGAAUUUCCAUUGGAUCCACCGCAGUGCCAAAUGCUUAUCGUUUCAUGCAAAAUGGGAUGCAGUGCCGAAGUUCUCAUCAUUGUAUCAAUGCUGUCGGUACCAUCGAUAUUCUAUCGUCCAAAGGGCCGUGAAGAAGAGGCGGACGGUGUUCGUGAGAAAUUCCAAGUGCCUGAAUCGGAUCACUUGACAUACUUGAAUGUUUACAUGCAAUGGAAACAGAAUAACUACUCGUCAACGUGGGCAAACGAGCACUUCAUUCACAUCAAGGCGAUGCGAAAGGUGCGCGAAGUACGGCAACAAUUGAAGGACAUUCUUGUUCAACAGAAGUUGCCGGUUAUAUCGUGCGGCACCGAUUGGGAUAUCAUCCGAAAGUGUAUCUGUUCGGCUUAUUUCUAUCAAGCAGCCCGUCUCAAAGGUAUCGGAGAAUACGUUAAUUUGCGAACCGGAAUGCCAUGUCAUUUGCAUCCAACAUCAGCCUUGUACGGUCUGGGUACAACACCUGAUUAUGUUGUUUACCACGAAUUGAUUAUGACAGCUAAAGAGUAUAUGCAAUGUACGACAUCAGUCGAUGGUUACUGGUUGGCUGAAUUGGGUCCGAUGUUCUUCUCGGUGAAAGAGUCCGGUCGCAGUGGCAAAGAGAAGAAGAAACAAGCCGCUGAACACCUACAAGAAAUGGAAGAUCAGAUGCUGCAGGCACAAAAACAAAUGGAAGAAGAUAAAAUACAAGCCGAACAACGCCAACAAGCACUUCAAACGAAACAAGAGAUCUUAACGCCCGGUGGCGAUACACCUAAACGUACACCGUCCCGUAUUGGUCUUUAAAGUGUGAUACCAUCUCAUAUCAAUGUGUGACAACGAAAAAAGUAGAUAGAGAUUAUGGAAAACAUCAAAUUAUGAAGAAAAUAUGAAAUAAAAAGAUAGAGCUUCACUUUAUUGCCAUUUUGAAUAUAUACGGGAAGAAUCAGCAAAUAGUUUCCUGUUAUAUGCUACAAAGUACAUAAUAUUGUCACAGGAUUAAUGAAUAAUAGUAAAAACAUUGAAAAAUAAACAUUGAGCAAAUAAGUAUGAAUGUAAAAAGUUUCCUCAAAACCAUUCAAAUACGAAGAAAAUACAUAAAGAAAAAUAAAUAAUAAUUGUCAUGAAAAAUAUUCUGCUGUGUAAUCGAUAACAUAAUAAAUAGUGUGAUUUGCUUUUUGAACUGUC